AUGCGAUCGGACUGCGAACCAGUGGCUGCACCACCCCCCGUAUAUUCCAAGCACGACUACAAUGUCGACACAAAGGGCCCCUUGGCGGUCCAACUGCCGGUAGAUCUUGAGCCUGGGCAUUUAUCCACACGACCUAGUCCGACUUUUAAUAAAAAUGCAGCAUCUGCUCCUCCCCGUGGCCAACGUCGUUAUUACUUUCCAACUACACGAUGGACGCGAGCGUUUGCUUUUACGGUGAUCAUCGAGACUAUUCUUACGGUCGGCAUUGAAAGCUGGAUAUUGAUCGACAUUUCGAAAGGCCGCGAUGACCAGCAAAAGGAAGACACAACAAGGCGCCUUCGGUCAUUCCUGGGUCUCUAUAUAUUUGCCCUCUUGUACGAGCUCCUGCUAUCAUAUGAUGCAUUGCGACGACAGAACACAAUUCAGCUGGUUGGACUUUGUAUAUGCAAUGGCGGGCUGUUGACAUAUGGGUUUCUUCAGAUGAGGGAAAUCAAGGCGACGCUCAACAGCGUGAUCACGGAUCAGACAGUUGCCAAUCAUGUGUGGGCUACAUAUAAAAUCGAGCUCAUUCUGGUGCCGGUGUUUUUGGCCGUUGGGACUGUACUCAUGUCGUUCCUGACGUGGAAGUUGCGUGCUGAAUUCUCAUGGUCUAUAUAUAAAAAUAUCAGCGCUGAUAUUCAAAUGAAACGCCGGUAUAUCACAUAUCAGGUCUACAUUGCUCUGUUGAAGUUUGAUUUCUUCUUCAUCUUUGGCAGUCAGCUUCAAAUCCUUCUUGUUAUUAUAGAAGCCGACAGCAACGAUUUCAUUAUAAACGCAGCCAUGAUUCCCGUUACUAUUGUAACCCUGCUUCUGGCUGGUCAUUUCUGCAGGAAAGAGAAAGCCAAGUCCCUGCUGUGUAUUAUGGCUUUCAUGUUGGUUCUAAUGGCAUGCUUCAUCAUGAUGCUGAUCCAAAUCCACAGUCCACAGGGUAGCGAUGUCUUUAGCAUGGUCCGAGUUUCUCUGACACUAUUUUCCGUAAUAGUAGUCUUGCUGCUUGGUGUCACACUCAUCAACACAGUGAUGUGUAUAAAUAAUUUCCAUAAAGGGCUGAAACCCCAUAUCAAUAACUCUACACCAGGCAUAUCGGCCGACGCUUCGCUGGAGCUCAAGUCCCGAGAGGGCGAUACGCGGUUUUUGCUCAAUUAG